GGUGCGGCGAGAGUUGUUUACGGUUUCGGAAUGAUGUUUAUAAGUUAAAAAUGACUUAAAAUUGUACUAAAUAGGAUGUCGGAAUUAAAAAUUCAAGCACCUCUUGCAAGAAUAGAGGACUGGGCUGAAUUCAAUGAUUAUCAGUGCUCCGAAGAUUUUGAAAAUUCAAAUAAAGACUCGUUUUCCAGCCCAGAAACAAAUGAAAAUUCUUUCGUUGACAGUAGUUUCAGCGAUGCAUUUUCAACAUCGCUGGAAGAUCUAGUGAACACUUUCGAUGAUAAAAUAACUAAAUGCUUUUAUAAUUAUGAAGAAAAUGUCGAAAAGCUAGCACCAGUUCAAGUUCGAAACCAAGAAGAGAUAAUGAAUGAAUGCCAGAUUUGGUGGACUUUAACAGGGAAUUUUGGAAGCAUUUUACCAAUUGAUUGGACCAAGUCAUGUGCAAAAGGACUGCAGAAUUCAAUUAUUAAUCUGAACCAGAAUGCAGACUGUGAUUCUAAAAAAGAUGAAUCUCCCAAUGAAAUAGAUGUUCGGUCAUUUUUAAUCAAAAAUCUUCAGCAAGAGCCUCUUUUCACGGCUGAGCAAGUGUUAGAAGAAAUUGAAGAAAUGAUCCAACAACAACGAUCACCAUCAUUAAACACUUGUGAAACUCCUGAUAAAUCUCCUGAUGAUUUAAAGAGUAAAGUUGCAGCUUAUAUUGGAAUGUACAAAGAUGAAGUGAAAAGGUUGACUUUAGCCCAACUUCAUGAUUUAUUGACUGAUAUGGAAAAUUUAAUUCAAGAUCAUUCAGAAACACUUAUCAAUGAAUUAGCCUUGCGUGAUGAAUUGGACUAUGAGAAAGAGUUAAAAAAUACAUUUAUAUCCUUGGUUUUAAGCAUCCAGAACAAACGACGUCAAUAUAAUUGUAUUGACAAGAAAAAAAAUAUGAGAAAUGGAUCAAUUAAUGGUACUGAGCCAAAGUAUCUUAGCACUGUUAUUCCCUAUGAUCCUAAGCAGGGAUCUCCAUCUAACUCAACUCUACAAAUUCUGAUCAAAAUUUUGCAAGCAAUUAACGAGGACAGUCCAACGGUGCCCACUUUAUUGACUGAUUAUAUAUUGAAAGUGUUCUGCCCCACCUGAUUCUUUUCUGAGGAAAAUCAACUGAUGGAUUGUUUUUGUUUUGAAGGAUACUAUGCUUUAGGAUUUUUACUUUUGAAUGCUAUUUAAUGUUGUUAUUAAGUUCAUGUUUGUAGAAUGAGAUAGUUGAUUGUUUUGUUAUGUUUAGGUUUUUAUAGUUGUGCUUUUUAUGCUUAGAACUCAGGGUUUGAAAUUAUUUCUUAUAAAUAUUUUCUGAACAAUGAUGCUAUUUAAUUGUCUUUGUCAUGCAUUCAUUGAAUUUUCAUAAUUUAACAACUUCUAAAAUAUAUUUUUGAACCUAAAUAUGAUUAAUAAUGUAUGAUUUUUUUAAACUAAACUUUUCACAACAUUUAAAUUUUCCCACUAAUCAUAGUUAAAAAAAUCUUAGUUUAAAAUAAAAAUACUUAUUAAUGAUGUUAAUAUUCUUAAUAUUUGAAAGUAGCAUUUAUAGGAACUAAAAAUUUAAUCUGAGUCAUAAUGCUUUUUACACAAAAGAAUUCUGUAAUUCAUUCAGAAUUUUGUGAUUCAAUCGAAGACUCUGUUGAAUUUCAAAAUCUGUAUUGCUUUGAGAUAUUUCUGUUCAAAAUUAUUAAUUUUUUAAUGUUGUAUUGUUAGAAUGCAUUUUUUUUUCUUAUUUCAGUGGUUAUUUGUUAAGCAGUAGGUGUUAAUUGUAUUACACCUUGAAGUUUGCUAAAAAUAGACAUUCAAAGCAAUACAUGCAUGUUUUUUUAGGUGUUUUGACAUAAGAUAAAUGAGUUCACGCACAAAAAGCUUAAAGGAUGUAGGAUAUGAAAGCUUAGAGCAGAAAAAAUUCAUAAACAGACAAAAUGUAAAAUAACUUUAAAGUAGUUGUUUAUUUAUAUAUAAGCUAAUUUGAAUGAACAUUUUUUUUUUUUCACAGAAUUGAGAGUUACAGCUAAAUUUCUUAGUUUGUAUAUGAAUUUUAUACGAAAGCUAACUACAAAUGUUCUCUAAUGAAUUUUUGCUCUAAGCUGAUAUUUUAUUUCAUGAAAUGAAUACUCCAGUUAUUGACAUUUUCAGUGGUUCAUUGGAAUUUUCAAUUGUUAUUUAGUAUUUUACUACCAAUUUCAGUUGUUUCAAUAGGAUUUACAUCAUAUCAGUAUCAUAAAGUCACAAUACUAUGGGUUCAUUUUUCAUGCACUGUUUUUAAAAUCUUAUUAACAGAGACAAUGAUGAAUUCCUUUUCUCCAAGAAAAUGUAUUAAUACUGUUUUCUCUAAGUAAUGAAUAAUUUUUAAAACAAAUAGUAUAAAAGAUUGUGAAAAAAUAGAAUUGGAUUCUCCCUUUCUUUUAUAUUUACAGAAAUUUAUUGAUGUACAACUUUAGUAUAGAUAUGCAUUAUAAAAUAAGAAGAUACAAAAUUAAUGCUUGUUAAAAUAAAUAAUUUUUAUCAAUUACAUUAUUGGCAUAAUUUUUUAUAAUAUUUUUAUCUUUCAUUUGGGUUCUUAAAAAGGUUUUAUCAUUGAAUAUUGUAAGUAAUAAAUUUCUAUUUAUUACCUUGAGAUUUUUCUGUAGUGCCUCCAUCAUAUGUCCAGCUGGUGACUUGGAUGUUGAAUAAUAGAUUGGCUGUACCUAAUAUUUUGGUGUGGUGGUUAAAUCUUGAUCACUUUAGUGCCUCCUCUUCAGACAAAUUACUCACCAGUCACAUUUUUCAUCACAUAAUUUUUCCAUAUGACCACUCAUGUUUGCUGGGGAAAAAUUCAUUUCUCAUAAGAUGCCUUAUUGGUUAUUUUUUUCUUUCAAAGCACAGGAUUUUGAAUGAUAUUUGUCCUGAUUGACUAAUGCAACAAAUGUUUGUUGUCUGCUAAGCUGUUCGAUUUUUUCCCCCCAGAUUAGUAAUGUUCUCAUUUUGAGAACUAUGAAAUGAUUUGCCAUUAUAAUAUUUAGGGUCUAAACUAUCGCUUGUUAAACUAUGAAUCUUGAUUUCAUCUUAGUACAUAGAUUAUAAAUGUCUUAGAAGCUCUUAAAGGUUGUGUUUUUAAUUCAAUAAUAUUGAUAAACAAAAAUAAUUAAAAAAAAACACAUCUCAAUUUGAAACAUAUAUUGAAGGUGGCUGGAGUUGGUUGCAAUUAUUGCUAGGGUUGCUAUUUAUUUUGUGUUUCAAUAAUUAAUGGAUGAUGUGCAAUUUAUUUUUCUAUUUAAUAUAUCUGCAUUAAUAUAUCAGAACAUUUUAAAGAUGUUAACAUUUGGAGAAAGCUUAAGAAACCCUGGUUUAAAUAUUGUACUUUUAAAAUUCUGGAAAUAACCAUAACAAAAAAGUUUUAUUAUUUUGAAUGAAUGAAAAUUUAUGAAACACAAGGAUUAAUCCUGAUGUUACAUUAUAAAAAAAAAUCCUAUCAUGUAAUCCUAUCUGUAACAAAUUUUGAUGUUACUUGAUAACCUAAUGGUCUCGUAAAUCCUUCAGGGAUCUGAUGACAUCAUUAGAUUAAAUCUUUUUAUAGGCAUAUCAAAAUUAAUAUCCCUGUUUAUCUGUAUCACUGAAUAUUUUAUUGUAUGAUAUUUUCUCUUUUACUACUGCAGUAUUUCUGUGAAUAUAUGUGUAGAACAAUUAGAAUAUAGACAUUUUUGUGUGUUGCUCUGUUAAUUGUUUUUUGAAAUGCAGAAUAACAAAUUUUGAAGAAGCCUGUUGUUAAAUGGCUGCCUUGAGUUUAAAAUUCUGAUUUUAAACCCUGAGUACAAUAUUAUUUAGAUGAUGCUAUCUCUAUCCGAAUGUUAUAGAUGGAUGUACUUUUUAAAAGCUUGACACUUCUUCUGCAACUCUUUAAAUGUGAAUUGCUGUAUGUGAGGAUAUGGCCUGUGCUUUGAAUUGUUAUAAAGUACUUGAUAUUGUAAUGAUGAAGUCAUACUUUUUGUGCAUAAUUGACAAUUUUACUUAUAUGGAUAAGAUGAAAUGUUGUGUAAAUUAAAAAUAUAAAAGUUUACAUUUUAACUUUAAAUUAGCUAUUGUAAAGAAAGCAAUGAAUUUGAAAUGUUUUAAUCUGAAUAAUAUUAAAAGUUUGAAAUUUGUUAAAAUUCUUUAAUUAGUGAGUUAGUAUUUUUAUUCUGAUUAAUGGAAAAAAAUGGCUUGCCACUCAUGAAAUGUGUAAAUAUUUAAAAUUUCUAUGCUGGUUAUGCUUUUAGUUUGCAGCUGUCAUUAUAACAUGGCUUUUCAAGUUGCUUUGUGUAUUUGUGAUGUAUUUAAUGUGCAAUUCUUUUGAUAUUAUGCUGAUUGAAUUUUCUAAAUUUAUGCUUGUUAUUUUAAUGAAAACAAAAUAGGAACAUGAGUGUAUUAAAUGAUAGUAUUUGAUAUCAUUUAUAUUUCUUGUACAAAGAUUCCUAGUUUGUUUUUGUUGGAUGUAGAAUCUAAAUAGUUAUCAUAUUGUUAGUGGACUUUUGAAUUGAAAUGCAUUUAAGUGUGAAGUUUAGGAUUAAAUUAUGCUUUACUUAUUUCUUUUUUAUAUUAUUUAACUUUAACGUUUAUUGAAACAUAUUUUAAAUAAAAUGUAUUUUAUUAUCUAGAAUAAACAGAAUCUUUCAUGAGCUUGAUUCUGAGUUCCAGGUCUGAGUUUGUGAAAUUCUCAGACACUUAUACUAAGCAUAUUAAUCCCUCUUUAAAAGUACAGCAACAUAAAAUUGAAUUAUAAAAAUUAUUAUAAUUUUAUAUUUUGAAGCGGUUAAAAUUUUAACUAGCCUUUACCAAAUUAUCUCCAUAUUAUAUUUUACUUCCUAAUUGGAAUUAAGUUAUAAAAAGUUAUUGGUUCCAAUAUAUAUUCAGCAGAAAUUUUUGUGCUUCAAGUCAAUCUUAAACCACUUUCAGAUUUUUCUUCUUCUUUUUUUUGAAGAAUAGUAAUUUAAAAAAAAAAUCACAGCUCCCACAUUAUCAACUCUUGUUAAAGAUUUAUACAGUUUUUCAUUUUUAAAACUUUGUUUCAAUCAGUAUUAAGAAAUAUAAAGUUGUGGAAUAUUCAUUAUGUUUUCUUUUGACAAGAAAUGCCUUAUUUUAAUUGAAUGUGAGAAAACUUUAGCACAAUUUUCUUCCUAUGUGUUUACACACAGUUUUUAAUUGUUUCUUUAUAUAUGUGUGUAUAUAUAUAUAAAGGGCUCUUUUUGCAUUCUUCGGUGCAUUUAUGGUCA